AUGAAAUUAAAAAUAUCAACUCUUAAGGAACCAAAACAUAACGGUGUGGUUGUUUGUGUUAAUUGGAAUAAUACUGAAGAUGUAUUUUCUUGUGGAGAUGAUCAUAAGCUUCUAAAAUGGAACCUAGUGAAUAGCGAAUGUAUUGUGGUGACAACGUUUCCUGAUGACUUCUUCCCAAAUGACAUGCACUUAUUUCCAAAAAUCAGUGUUGGCGGGAAUAAGCACCAACACGAUGUGAUCCUGAUUUCUACUGCAGAUGGCAAGUUUCACAUUGUUAACCACAACGGUCGUAUCGAGAAAUCGGUGAAUGCACAUCAAGGAGCUUGCCUCAUAGCACAAUGGAGUCCUGAUGGAGCUGGACUGUUGACAGCUGGAGAAGACGGCUUCGUAAAAGUCUGGUCUCGCAAUGGUCUUCUACGGUCUACCAUAGUUCAGUCAGACGUGCCUUGCUUCAGCGCCGUCUGGAGUCCAGACAGCAGUGCCAUCUUGCAUACGAAGGGGAAUUCACUGGUUAUAAAGCAACUGAAUUCUAGCAACAAGAUCACUAAGUGGAAAGCUCACGAAGGUCUCAUUCUAUGUGUAGCAUGGAAUGCUAAUAACAAUUUAAUCCUAUCUGGUUCUGAAGAUGGGUAUUCUAAGAUUUGGGAUACAUUUGGUCAGCAAAUUUCGGUGAGCGUUAAACAUGACCAGCCAAUCACGAGUGUCAGUUGGUCUCCAGCUGGUGACAUGUUCGUGCUGGGUAGUUACAACCUUAUUCGUCUUUGUAACUCUAAUGGGUGGUCUCAUUGCCUCGACCGACCGACGACGGGCAGCAUAUACAACAUCGCCUGGUCUUCUGAUGGGACCCAACUAGCCGCAGCAUGUGCUAACGGACAUGUUUUAUUCGCUCAUAUCAUUGAUCGAGAAUACACAUGGAAGAAUUACGCUUGUAACCAGAUAGGCCGGAAAGUAAUCGCCAUCCGAGAUAUUAUGACUGAUCAAAAUGAUCAACUGGAUUAUCCGGACAGAGUAAUUCAAAUAGCUCUGGGCUUCAACCAUCUGGUUACAGCGACGGUAAAGCAAUGUUUCAUACAUAAGCUGACUUCCUGGAACACGCCAGUGACGUUUGAUCUUAAAGAAGGAACUAUCAGUAUGAUAUUGCUGGCUGAAAGAUGCCUCUGUAUUGUAGAAAGAGCUGGUCUCUCGGUAUAUAGCUACAUGGGUCGUCUUCUUGCUAGCCCUCGUUGGGGAGCCAGACCUGAAACUUUAGGCCGUGCUGCUGUGUCCUUGGGACCCGAUGCACUGGCUGCUAUCGAUCAGGGGGAUAGAAAACUGAUCCACGUCUUCGAUCUUCCCACCGGUUUGAUCGUCCGAAGCUCGGCGGACAACACAGUGACAAAACUGUCUCACAAGAUGACAGUGUCCAACAUAGCUCUCAGUCAGACAGGACCCAUCAAUGAACGACAACUUGCCUUGUUAGAUUAUAACAGGGAUCUAUACGUCGUGACUUUCAAGGAUAGCAAGCCCAAGUUUGUUAAAUUAGGGUCACAGAUCCUAAGCAUCUGCUGGAGCUACGAGACAGAACUGUUAGUUGGCUUGCGAGCCAGUUCCGUGGUAGCCUGGUGCUGUCCCCGAGCGGCCAUGCAGCCAGACUGGCUUGCUCUUACCACUGUCAGUAAGGAUGUCGUCGACCUUGGCAGAAAUCCGACGAUUCUAAGUGUUGAAGAUGGGGUCGCGCAUAUUUGCAGAGGCAAUGGUUCAAUACUGCAUCUGUCUAUUGCCGCGUUCCCUGAAAAGUUACUAAAACACGUAGUUGCCAACAUGUGGCAGGCUGCUCUACAGCUGUGUCGCACCGUCGAAGAUGAAACCCUCUGGGCUUGUCUAGCUGUGCUAGCGUGGCAACACCAUCAACUGCCGGUAGCUGAAGAAGCAUUCGCCUUGAUACGGCAAUACCAUCAAGUCUGUUAUAUUCAGCAUCUUAGAAGUAACAUUCCUGAAAAGCUGACAGCUAAUUAG